AUGGAUAAUGCUCCAAUCAAUGAUGCUCAAUUAAUUGAUGAGCUAAUUGCUAAUACUCCAAUGAGGGAUACUUCAUCAACUAAUGUACAUUUGGCUCAGAACUUGGAUACGAUGGCACCUACAUUUGAGAGGGAUCGUGACUUCGGUGCAAUCAACGCGGUACAAACACUGCAAAACAACGAUGUUGUAGUUGCUGAACGAUCGGGAUCGAAGCUGCUAGCUACACGUUCUGUCCCUGUCACCCCUUCGAUUCCUCGUCAGAACCGUAAAAGGAGGGCGGAGACGGAUGAUGGUUUGUGUCCACUGGCGCCCGGAAGUGUCAACAGCACAGAUGUUUUCAUCAAUUCAAUACCGACAUACACAUUCAGUUACAUCAAUGUCUCCCUGGCCGAUCCGCAAGAAGUAUCCAUUCUUGAAACAGAAACGAAAAAACACAACGUGACAGUAUCAAAUGUCAUGACCGAGAAAAUGCCCGUCGGCCAAAAUCGCUACAUUCAACAUUUUGAAGUGCAGAAUAGAAGUGAGAAACAAAGGAUAAGCAAAGAAUGCAACAAGUUAGAGUGGAAGCAAAAGUGGGCAUUGUCAGAAAUUAUCAAAGAUACUGCAACACCAUUCUUCGCCCACCACAUCACUUUGGAUCUCCCACUUCGUUUCAUAAUGUACACUACCAAGUGUCCCACGAAUGAGAGCUACAACAAAGUAUUAGGCAAUUCCCAAUGCACAAAUCAUGUCAAAUCGUGCUUGGCCGACGAAAGUUUCAUUAAUAAAAGCGAAAUGGAUCUCAACGAAAAAGGGAAGAAGGAUUUUCACGACAUUAUCAGAACCACGAUCGAUCAUUUUGCCAGAGACGCCGCGACAGCUGUUCGAUUGGCGAACAGAUUGCUGCGAUCCACGCGAUGA